AUGAGGUACUUCUGCCACGAGAUUCUACUUCUUGAAGAGAUAAUAAAGGGGCUUUUGGACUCUGAGGAAAUAGAAGAAACAACAGCCCGCAAGUAUAAGUCCUUACUUGAAGUAAAAGAUAAGAUAAAUAGCCGGAUGAUAGAAAUGGAGGAGUACUAUAUGAAGAGGAUAGAGUUCUACAGAGAAUGUGAUGGGGCCAAGGUGAAGGAAUUGGAGAAGGAUGUUAGGAGCCGUGAUGAGAAAUAUCUUGGGCUUCUGGUCAAGGCAAAGGAGCUUAGAAACAAGAUAGAAAGGCUUGAAGUAAGAAACAAGCUCUUUAGGCUGAAGUCUGAAAGUAGAGAUGAAUUAUGA